AUGGGGGGCAAAUCUCCAUACACGCCGAGUGAGCUGGCGGACCUUCUCUCCAAUUUCUACCAAUUUCUCAGCACGCUUCAUUAUGAUCCAGCAGAGCUCCAGCAUCCCCCGACCGGAGGGUGGCCGGGAUUAACGACUCGCGCCUUUGGAAACUGGAAGGACAAGACGGUGGUCGAGUCAAAGUUAAUUGAUUACGCAACCGCUGACCUGGAGAUGAUUAAAAGCGAUUGCACUGACCGCGAGGAGGACAUCGAGUUCUGGUCCACCAAAGGGAAACGGCACCGCAAGUACAUUGUCUACCUUGCCUUUGGGCAUGAGAGCGGUGGCCGAGAAUUGCUUCUAAACGUCAGAGAUGGCGAGAUCAUCGAAGAUGUGCUUGAAACGGAUACCCUUUCGCCGUGUGAUGUGAGAAGAUAUCUAAAUAAGCUAAAACUGGCGUAUCGGAGCCUGAAACUUAUUCCCUGUGUUGGGAGAAUCACUAUUGAGGCGGACAAAGUACCCGAGACAGUCAGAAAGAUUACCGAGGAGGAGGUUCUCGCGCAGAGUGUAAAUUGGGGAACAGCUUUAGAUGUACAGUAUGUCAGGCAGCUAUAUCGGGAGCAUGGAUGGCCGGAAGCCUUUCGCCGGGAGGAUGCCAAGGCGGCUGUUGACAGUUUAAUGGGGUUGGUUAUGGAGCGGCGCGAUGAUGAGUGGGAGAUGGAGGAUGAGUAUUGGUUGUCUGAGGGAGAGGCUGAAGAUGUGUCCAUGUCGGAGGAAGAUGUGAGGUCAGAAAAUGAUGAGCAGUAG